AUGACCGACCCCGCCGUGUUCAACCGCGAACGUCACAUCAAAUAUUUCCUACGAUGUCUGAAGACCUUCCUCCCCGAUCUAUACACGUCCAAUGACUCCAACCGCAUGCUGCUUGCCUUCUUUACGGUCGCCGGCCUGGACGUGCUCGGGGAACUCCAUAACAAGACCACGCCAGAGGAACGAAAGGGCUAUAUCGAAUGGAUCUAUCACUGCCAGGUCCCGUCGGGUGGGUUUCGUGGAUUCACCGGAACUGAUUUCGGGUCGGAGAGACGGACGCCGGACAAUGAGGCGUGGGAUCCGGCGAACGUCCCGGCGACUUUCUUUGCGCUGGUGAUCCUGCUCAUUUUGGGCGACGAUCUUUCGCGCGUCAAGCGGAUCGAGUGUCUACAAUGGCUGCCGAAUAUGCAGCGGCACGACGGGAGCUUUGGCGAGGUGCUCGGGCCAGGCGGGCAGAUCGAAGGAGGAGGCGACCUGCGCUUUUGCUGUUUCGGCGCUGGCACGCGGUAUAUAUUGCGGGGACGCCGGGGGGAUGGUCUACAAGACGUUGACGACAUCGAUGUAGACGCGUUGGUGGCAUUCAUCGAGGCCUGUCAGACAUACGAUGGUGGUAUCGCCGAGGGCGCCUUUUGCGAGUCACACUCUGGACAUACGUAUUGCGGAAUUGGAGCUCUCACGUUUUUGGGGAGGCUCGAAAGUGAUCGCAGAUCGGUACCUCUUCUUACACCCGGCACGGAGGGAUUCGAAUCUCUAGUGCGAUGGCUGGUUGCCAGACAGACAACGGAACUUGGCGACGACGAUGACGAUGAGAGUGGCUCGGAGGCCGAAGAGACGCAGGACUUGUCGGACCGAGUGGGACAGCUCAGCCUAGAGAACAUCCAUCGACUCCCCAAUUGCCCUGUUCCCAUGGCAGAUUCAUUACGAUGGGCCGGCUUCAAUGGGCGGAGUAACAAGUAUGCAGACACAUGCUAUUCCUUUUGGAACACGGCAACAUUGGCUAUGAUGGGCCGACUACAGCUAGUCGACGCCGAAAGAAACCGACGAUACCUGUUGGAAAAGACACAGCAUAUUGUUGGUGGGUUCGGCAAAGGCGUUGGAGAGCCACCCGAUCUUCUACAUUCCUACUUGGGGAUGGUGUCGCUGGCAUUCCAAGGAGAAGCGGGACUUGCCAGCGUCGAUCCCACGAUGUGUGCGAGCCAUCGCGCCGUGGAGCAUCUGCACUCACUUCCCUGGUGGAAAUAG